CUCUCCUCUAAGAAACCAAGCCUAAGGCCAUCUUCUCAAUUAGCCAAAGACCACCUUCUCUCUCUCUCCCCCCUCUUCUCUGUCAAAGCCAUGGAACUUAUGAAGGUGAUAUUCAUCAUCGCCAUAACCAUGGCUUUGACCAUCACUCUCUCCAUGAGAAGCAUCAGUAAAGUGGAAGAAAAACCUACUUUCCCACGCACUGAUACUUCAUACACUUACCCAAAAGAGCUUUUCAUUAAGGAAAAGAAAAUAUUAUUUCCUUCCAAAAGGCUGAGUCGCUUCCUUGCGGUGGAGAACGAAGAUGCAGGUGAACAUUGCAACAAGGAAGACAACGAAAUAUGCGACGUUAAAGCAGGCAAAAACUCUACCUGCUGUAACAACAAGUGCAUGGACUUGUCCACUGACAAAAACAACUGCGGUUCAUGCAAGAAAAAAUGCGAGUAUACCGAGAGUUGUUGCAGAGGCAAGUGCGUGGAUUUGGCUUACGACAAGAGGCAUUGUGGGCGCUGCAACCACCGGUGUGGUCAUGGCGAGUAUUGCGUAUAUGCACUCUGCAAUUAUGCAUAAUUAGGACGGUAUACAAUAUAAAUAUAUAAUUGGUUCUGUGCUUCGUGAUUUUAUUCAUAAAUACAAUAAAAUACCACAUGUUGAUCGAUGGUUCUCAAACAAUACUAUACUUAAUUAUUUUCAAAUUUUACAAUCCUCUGUGUAUCGUGAAUGUAAUUAAUGCUAAAGCUAGA